AGACAAGUUAAACAUGUAUGUAUACAGGUAAAUAAAAACAGGUGCCUUAUGAUCUGGCUGGUAGUUUGCGGUGAAGCUCAAUGCCAGUAACAAGUCACCAUGAUGGAAAUGUCAGACCUACUGGAGGUACUGCCUCCAGAUAAAGUGCUCUUCGACGAUAUUGUUUAUGAACAAAUCAAAAGAAAAAUGAAGAAAAUAAGGGUGCAGCUGAAAAUGUGUUGCAGGUCAGAUGGGAAAAUAGUGUUCAACCUUGACAUAAGGGGAGUUUCUCAUAAGGAGCAUCUACAGUUGGAAUUUACAAAGCAGGAGUUGUGCCUGAUGAGAAUGGAAGAAAUUCAAGAAAAUUUAAAGAAGAACUCUGUCUGCCAGUGCUUCAAUAGGAAUUAUUUCCCCUCACUAGUUUAUACACGGCUGUUUAUUCUGAUUUGUUCUGCUGGAGGUGUUGGUGCGGAGGCCAAGUGUGUCAAGAUACCCUUACUACAGCCAGGAAACAUCAACUCUGCAAUGACUCUCAACAAGUUACGACUGUGUAUACAUCAGCAUGUUGCUAAACCAGAGGAGUUGAAGCACUGGCCGGUGCGUUCAGUGCAGCCUGACAGCAUGUACUCAGGCGAGAGGAUGUACCUCUGCCUUACCAAGUUCGCCUUUGUGGUCAUGGUCAACUACCACAUACUGCACUUCCAUCCUUUCUACUCGAGCCUUAUAGCCGUCACCUCCAAUGAAGCAGUCAUGACAGUCACCAUCACAGUCCAGGACAAGUCUUAUGCAGCAUCUCAACGAAACUUCUCUUUGGCCAAGAAGCUAGAAUUCCAGACUGCCAAUUGCGCUGUUGUAGAGAAGAGCUUUCGAGACAUGAUUGACCACUCCAUAGUUUCUGUGCAAGAGCCCUCGUCCCAUUUGAACAUCUUUCACAGCGAACUCAGUGCCAGCUUUACUCUUGGAACAUCUGACAGCAAUAUGAUCAUUCCUCACUCUUUUGACAAUAACAACUCUGGUACCUCUACCAGUAGUAAUGGCCAUGUUGUGAGUUUGUGGAAUGACAACGAACCACUUCCCUCCCCUCAUCAUACAUUUUUAGGUACUACUCACACAAAUGGAAGCGUGUCUAGAAGUGACAGCACUGGGGUGGUUACUAUACACCAUUCUGACACAAGUCUGGUUGCCAGAGGGCCUAACAUGCAGGUUGCUAACAAUGAUGGGAAGUUGAUGAACAGUAGAGAGGAGAAUGUAAGCAAAGUUAAACCUUUGAAUGUUCCCAACAAAUUAGACCUUCCUGGUGCUGUGAAAAACGUUUCCAUGACAACAGACCAAACCUCACCCACAUCAUGUGCGUGGGGACUCUCUGACCCAGGGAGAGGUGCACGCCCUACCAUCUCAUUGCUAAAUUUAGACGGUCUUGUGAGAGACGACUUUGAUAUAAACAGUAUCAAUAUUCAAGAUAAUUUGUUAUAUAGACCAACGUUUUUGUCCAAAGAGGAAGGAUCGUUAUUACCUCUCCCGCCUCCCUGUACAUCCAAUUCACAACCACACGGCAUUUUCAUAAUGCCAUCACAAUUGAAAAGUUUUCAUGACAGCGAUGAUGGUGAAACUGUGCCUAAACUUUUUGAAAGGCAAGGACUUUUACGUUCUCGGAGUUUUGUGGACUUAACAGGUGACACAAGUCCCCAUUUCUAUGUGAAUGUUGCUCAGGAACUGUCUUCAAGGAGUAGCAUACAUGAUGACUCAGUUUUCAUGUAUUACCAUUUCUACUACAACCUGGGACUCGUGUCAUAUGGUCGAAUGAGCAAAAAAAUUAAACGGCAAAAACGGAUUAGCCAUGAGCUGACAGAUGUGGACAUGAAUCUCUUGGAAAAUCAUCAACAUUGGUUUGACAAAGACUUUAAGGAAAGGAAGAAAGACAUUAAGUAUUGCAAAUUGAUGAAUAUUCGGCCGAACACUGAAGUGGAAACUCCUGUGAAACUCGUUAGGGACCCUCAGGCAACUGAAGAGGAUGAUCAUUACUGGACACAGAGUGAGUUGUGUUUCACACUCCAGCUGAUACUGCAGGAGACACAGUCAGGGAUGGCGAUGUUUGAACAGAUUCGUAACUCUCUUGACCUUUCAGCACAUCAGCUGAUGCAGAUACAGACUCUGCUUAGCCUGUACCCUGCGGAAAAUAACUGGCGUGUUCUUGCAGAAUAUGUGGGUCUGACCAUAUCAGACAUCAGCAUAAUAGAACAUUUUUGCUACACAUAUAGAGAACUGGCUGCCAAGGUCAUCAUUGCCUAUUGGAUGAGACAGAGUGGUUGUCAUGGGCAGGUAAACUGCCCUACCUUCUGCCGGGACAGUCUGUCAGAAUUUUUGCAGCAGUAUGAUCGACAAGACGUCCUGACAGUUCUCAGAACGAGUCAUGGUGAGUUGAAUAUGGAGGAUCAAGUUACUCACUUCUAGGGGACUGUUAUUCAACAUUACUGACUGGUUGCAGACACACAGAUUGUAGCUGCCUUUGUGUUUGUCUACAUUUAUUUCUCCAGUGAUUUUUGUUUGUCUUGUGUUGUUUGUGAAUGGGUAUCUGUUUGCAUAAUAGUCUUUGUGCAAUGAUUUCUAUUUUUAUACAAUUGUUUUUCAAGGGAUUUGAUCCAAUGUAUAUUGCUCUUUUGUCCGUUGUAUCAAUAUAGAUUAAAAGAUAUAUAAAAAAGUAAUGCAAAAUAUAAAUUUAAACAUUCAAACCAGUUAUAUACUUUUACAAGCUGUGUUUGUAAUUUCUGUUAUCAAAUCAAUGCAUACACUCCCCAUGUUGUCUUCGAUAUUCAACUUUUUCCUGUUAAGUAUAAUUUUUGUCCCUACUUUUGGCAGUUGUAGUUCAUAAGGAAUGUAUAGAUGUUUGUAGGCCUGUAUUUUAUCAAUUUACUAUUUUCUUUACAAGAAAAAGGUACAUGGCUGCCUCUUUUUUGAUUAUUCCAAGUUUCUCCCAUCCUACAAUACUUGUUUGCUGCCAUGUGACCUGUGUUUUGCUAAAAUGGACCUUAGAGCGUAUUCUAACAGUGAAGCUCCAGGUGUUCUUCUGCAUCCAAAUACUCUGAUGGAGAUCAUGAUGUCCGCUCAUGAGACCACCACCUUGCUUGUACCAGACUGGGUAGCACCUCGCUCAUGAGACCACCACCUUGCUUCUACCAGACUGGGUAGUCCGCUCAUGAGACCACCACCUUGCUUGUACCAGACUGGGUAGUCCGCUCAUGAGACCACCACCUUGCUUGUACCAGACUGGAUGAGACCACCACCUUGCUUGUACCAGACUGGGUCAUGAGACCACCACCUUGCUUGCGCCAGACUGGGUAAUGAGACCACCACCUUGCUUGUGCCAGACUGGGUCAUGAGACCACCACCUUGCUUGUACCAGACUGGGUCAUGAGACCACCACCUUGCUUGUACCAGACUGGCUGAGACCACCACCUUGCUUGUGCCAGACUGGGUCAUGAUACCACCACCUUGCUUGUGCCAGACUGGGUCAUGAGACCACCACCUUGCUUGUGCCAGACUGGGUCAUGAGACCACCACCUUGCUUGUGCCAGACUGGGUCAUGAGACCACCACCUUGCUUGUGCCAGACUGGGUCAUGAGACCACCACCUUGCUUGUGCUAGACUGGGUCAUGAGACCACCACCUUGCUUGUGCCAGACUGGGUCAUGAGACCACUACCUUGCUUGUACCAGACUGGGUAGCCUCAUGAGACCACCACCUUGCUUGUGCCAGACUGGGUAGCACCUGCAUACCUAAUGUGCAGGCUGUAUUGGUGGUACACUGGCCACAUGAGACCACCACCUUGCUUGUACCAGACUGGGUAGCCUCAUGAGACCACCACCUUGCUUGUACCAGACUGGGUAGCCUCAUGAGACCACCACCUUGCUUGUACCAGACUGGGUAGCCUCAUGAGACCACCACCUUGCUUGUACCAGACAGGGUAGCCUCAUGAGACCACCACCUUGCUUGUACCAGACUGGGUAGAAACUCGCUCAUGAGACCACCACCUUGCUUGUACCAGACUGGGUAGUCCGCUCAUGAGACCACCACCUUGCUUGUAUCAGACUGGGAAGUUCGCUCAUGAAACCACCACCUUGCUUGUACCAGACUGGAUGAGACCACCACCUUGCUUGUACCAGACUGGGUAAUGAGACCACCACCUUGCUUUUGCCAGACUGGGUCAUGAGACCACCACCUUGCUUGUGCCAGACUGGGUCAUGAGACCACCACCUUGCUUGUGCCAGACUGGGUCAUGAGACCACCACCUUGCUUGUGCCAGACUGGGUCAUGAGACCACCACAUUGCUUGUACCAGAUUGGAUGAGACCACCACCUUGCUUGUGCCAGACUGGGUCAUGAGACCACCACCUUGCUUGUGCCAGACUGGGUCAUGAGACCACCACCUUGCUUGUGCCAUACUGGGUCAUAAGACCACCACCUUGCUUGUGCCAGACUGGGUCAUGAGACCACCACCUUGCAUGUGCCAGACUGGGUCAUGAGACCACCACCUUGCUUGUGCCAGACUGGGUCAUGAGACCACCACCUUGCUUGUGCCAGACUGGGUCAUGAGACCACCACCUUGCUUGUACCAGACUGGGUAGCCUCAUGAGACCACCACCUUGCUUGUACCAGACUGGGUAGCACCUGCGUACCUAAUGUGCAGGCUGUAUUGGUGGUACACUUGCCACAUGAGACCACCACCUUGCUUGUACCAGACAGGGUAGCCUCAUGACACCACCACCUUGCUUGUACCAGACUGGGUAGCCUCAUGAGACCACCACCUUGCUUGUACCAGACUGGGUAGCCUCAUGAGACCACCACCUUGCUUGUACCAGACUGGGUAGCCUCAUGAGACCACCACCUUGCUUGUACCAGACUGGGUAGCCUCAUGAGACCACCACCUUGCUUGUACCAGACUGGGUAGCCUCAUGAGACCACCACCUUGCUUGUACCAGACUGGGUAGCAGCUGCGUACUGUAUGUGCAGGCUGUAUUGGUGGUACACUGGCCACAUGAGACCACCACCUUGCUUGUACCAGACUGGGUAGCACCUGCGUACCUCAUGUGCAGCUGUAUUGGUGGUACACUGGCCACAUAUUGCAUAAAACCCAUUUUGCAAGACGCUGCUCAUAUUGUUAAAUGCAAUAAUUAAAAAAUGUACAUGUAGGCUUUUAUCUAUUUUAUAAUAUAUUUUUAAAGAUUUCAUAUUGUGAAGAUUUCAGUCUAGUUGUUUUUUUAAUCCAUUAUUAAUGUUGCUAGUGUUUAAAGUGUAUUAAGUUUUAAAGUUUUUAUUUUCAUUUUAAUGUAUAAAGCAGGAUAAAUAUCUUUUAAUUGUAUCUGUAUUAUUCAAUGCCACAAACAACAUUAACUUCUGGUGUAAAUAUAUUGAGUAAAAUAAUUAUUUAGAUAAUUAAACAAUUGUAUAUUCAGUAAGGGUGAUACUUUUGCAGAACAAUUUAACCAAAUACGUCCAAACAUGUAUAAAACAAAAACUCUUUGUGAAUGCAAUGGGUUUCUUUUUGGGAAAAACAGUCUUCUGCAAGUGAAAGUUUUUACUUACUGCAAACUUUGUUUUAUUAUUCUUAUCAUAUUAACAUUAAGAUGAACAAAAAUGAAAACAUGUUUAAAAUGUUUGUUCUGGCAAUAUAACAACUAUUUAUGCUUAAUAACUGUUGUUCUGAUGGAAAUAUUGCGCUGAAAUUUUGUGUUGAUGUUGAUAACAUGGAGACCUAAAAUGGAAUUGCUUUUUAUAGGAUCAGUUGGUCAAGGUCAAGUUCAUUGAAACCUAACAUAGACAAACAGCAAACAGAUGGUUUCCAUUCCAUAACUUUAUAUUGCAUCAACCAAUCUUGAUAAAACUGAGGAUAUAGCAAGCUUGCAUGGAGACAUUGCAUGGGUUUGAAAUUGGGCGUUGUUGGACUAAGUUCAAACUCGCUUUGUAAAAAUAGAAAAAAGGCUUACUCUCAAUGACUUGAGUUGUACUGACAAUUGGGUAGAUAACCCACAAACCUGGCUAGGUAUUGAAUUUUGGCACAGUCAGGACAAGGUCAAGGUUACUUUACUGAAAAUAGAGAAAUGGUUUCCUAUAAAUAUCUUUAGUUUAAAUGCAAAUCUUGCACAGAAAUAAAUGUUUGAAGCGAAAAUCAGGAUUAAAACAUUUCACAACAAUGAUAUCACAACUUUAAGACAAUGAAAACAGGUGUCUUUAUCUGCCAUUUUACCAAUUUUAGUAUUUGCUUACCCACUGCACAAAUAGAAAUACUUUCUUUGAGCAGUUCACUGACUGCAAUGAAAUAACAAUAAGUCAUCUUCAUCAAGGAGAUCAAUGUUGCAGAUCUUUAAAAGGGUUAAAUCUGUUCUAUUUAUUUGUUUCCUACAUGAAGUGGUCUUCAGUGCUUAUAUUGCUUACAUCAAAUUAUCAUCAGGAAUGUCAAUGAUCUUUAACCUUGAGUUCAGUAUUUACUGCAUAUGAAUUUAUACCAACAUAAAAUUAAGUAAAACAAUUAUACAUUAAACAUUCAGUUGAUUAUGACGUGAGCUUUGAUGGAGUUAUUGCACUGAAAUUUUGUGAGAAGGUUGUUUGCAUGGAGACCUAGCUUGGCGUUGCACAAAUAUUUAAAUUAAUAUAUUUGAGUUUUAAAUUCUGGUUUUGUGGUUUUGCCAUAAUUCUCGUCUUUGUUUUUGUAAAUUUAAACAAAUAACACAACUUAGAAAGAAACUUUUGAAUAUCAAAAUACAUAUAAUGCUGUUUUCAUUAUAAUUUUAUUUGAAUUAACUAGAUAAGUUUUACUAACCUUAUUUCAAUUUUUUUUUAACCCGAGCCCAUAAACCUAAGGUACGUGUGUUCAAUUAUUUUCUAAUAUAUUUUUAUCUGCAAUAUAUGAAUAAAAGAUAAUUAUUCAUUCUUUUAACCAUCUGUUUGCAAACCAAAUGCUCACCAAACUCUUUUUUAUAUAUAUUAUACCUGUCAUGUGUUAGUGGUGUUUUUGUUUCUUAAUCGUCUCUUUAUACUCUAAAUAUGUGUUUUUAGCUUUUUGUACAUUAUUGUGCUCAAAAUAUUUAUAUAAAUCCAUUAACUUGUUGUGUUUAUUCUGUGUUGUGUAUACAUUUCUUUUUGAAUGUAUGAUAAUAUAGUUGAUUAGUGCUUUAAACUUGUAAUUUACAUUUUGUAAUGCAAUUUGUAUAUACUCCUGACUGAUUUUAUUGAUUAACUCAGCCAAAGUUUAAUCGAAGACUCACUUUUUAAGAAGUCCACUGCUUGUGAUAAUUUUGAAAAUGUAUGAUUGCAUGUCUGUGUGUUUAAAUUGAUGAAAUGAACUAUUUGUAUGCCCCCAAAGGAGGGCAUAUAGUGAUCCAUCUGUCCGUCUGUCUUUCCAUCACACUUUGCGUGUAGGUUUCGUGUUAAGGUUUUCGAAAAAUGCUCAUAACUUCUAUGUCGCUUCAGAUAGCAACUUGAUAUAUGGCAUUCACGUGUAUCUCAUGGAGCUGCACAUUUUGAGUGGUGAAAGGUCAAAGUUAUCCUUCAUGGUCAAAGGUAAAAUAUAUAGCUUCAAAGCAGCGCAGAAGGAGGCAUUGUGUUUCUGACAAACACAUCUCUUGUUUUAUGUUUAAUCUUAUGACAAGUGACAUUUUUUUUGCUUUAAUAGUUCAUUGAUUAAAUGUGUAGUAAAAUUAGUUUAUCCAUAAUUUCUCCAUAACUAUUUCCUAAGUAAAAUGUGCAAUGCACAUCGAUCCAUGUUUACUUUAUCAAGUUGUCGUAUUGUUAUAUUGUGCUGUACAAUGAAUAAGUAAUAUUUGCAGUGUUUUAUAUUUUUAUGUAGGAACUUUUUUGAACAAUUUUAAGUGGUAUAGUUAAUACAAUAUAGGCAAGCCAGGCCUUUACCACGCCAUAUCAGACUUGUCUGAAAUUUCAUGAUGUAAUAAGUCACUACCAUAGAUUAUCAACAUACAUUUAUUUUAUGCUAUCCGGUGGUUUAUAGAGAAAAAUCAAUGAAUUAAAACUGAUAAUUUCACUGUUUCAAGUAGUGAACAUUAUCAGUGAAAAUUAUUGAUAAUUUUCACUGUUAACUGUGAAAUGACGUCAUUUUUUGACGAAAUGACGUCAUUAUCCCAGCGCAAUUCUUUAGUUAAACUCUUUAACAAUGUAUAUAAACUGUGUAAAAAAAGCAUAAAAAUAAAAAGAAAAUGUGUUGAAUUUGGUGGAAUAUUGAUUUUAAAUCACUCGUGAUCAUAGAAAAAAUAUAUUUUCACUUGUGGCUGCGCAACUGGUGAAAAUAUUAUUUUCUAUGAUCACGUGUAAAUUAAUAUUGAUAAUCCACCGAAUCCAACAAAUAUCCUCUAUGUAAUGUUGUUGACUUUGUCAAGAUUGUGAUAGCAAUCAUUUGUGUGUGUUUUUUAGUAUGCAAUUUUUAUUAAAAGUGAUGACUAGAUAAUUCAAAACACCGAUAUUUUAUGGUAUGUUUUAUUUAUGAGGUACAAUUUUGUAAUAGUAUUUCGUGUGGUUUCAGAAGAAUAAUAUCUGCACAAUUUAUUGUAAAGGCAUAUGACAUAAGUGGCCAAAGACCCUGCUCAAUGGCUCUCUAUUUCAUAUGAUUGUACCAUCAAAUUUGAUGUUAUGGUUGUACCUUCAAAUUUGAUGUUAUGGUAUAUGUUUUGUUCCGCGUAUGUACAUGUAUGAGGUAGUAAGACUGUGUAAUCCAUUAUUUAUUUCCUUUGUGAUUUGAUUGGUUAUUCAUACAAAAUCCUUUACAAUUUUCAAUUUUAAAAUGUGUCUUCAUGUUCGUUAGUUACUUUAUUUUGUCUUGUGCAUAUGUGUCGUCUUUCAGUUCAAUAUUUACCAAGCUUACACAUGCGUUUUGCAUGACUGCUAAUAUUUGCACAUUUUUCGUACAGGCUGGCUUGUACCAUUUAUAUUCAGAGAUAUAACCAGCUUACUUGAUUUUGCAGAUUUUAUUUGUCUUUAGCAAACGUUUAUACACUUGAAAUGAUAAAAUCUUUACCAUAUUGUUAGGUUUAAAUUGUUUUAAUAUUUAUGUCUAGUUAAAUGCUUUACAAAAUUUAUAAUAUGCUUUACAAAAUUUAUAAUAUCAUGUUGAAGAAUCUCUAUUUUAUUAUAACAAUUAUACAUACAUUUGUUAUUAUUUUCUAUUAUAAAAAAUAUUAUUGCAAUUUAAAGGUAUUCAACGAAAAUAUAAGCCUUGUGCCAAGCAUUGAUUUGAAAGCUUUUUUAUGGACAAUUACACUUAAUAAAUGGUUUGCGUUUAAUAGCAAAAAAAAAUGUUAAUGCUUGGAAUGCAAAAUCUAUUAACCGGUUAAGUUUUUAACCCUUUAGAAAUGACAUUAGUUAUGCAUUUAUGUAAUAUGUUGAAUUGAAGUAUGUAACAGUAGUUUGUGUAACUUAAUAUCCCUGUUUAUAUCAUUGAUAGUUUAUUUUAUCAAAGUCUAAUGAAAUCACUAGAAAACAUAGCAUGUAUAAUCAAGUGCCUUUGGAUGAUUAUUCUAGAAUAUAUAACAUGUAAAUAUCACUGGCUUAAUGGAAUCAGUCUUAUAACAGUAUCAGAGUUGGACAUAUCUGUGUAACGUGUUGAUUUUAGUGUUUGUUUUGUUUCAGUGUAAAGCGUAUGUUUUAGCAAGUUAAUGUUUUGUCUUUAUCUGUGCAUAAUUAUCUUGUUGUUUUGACAUGUCAUGUUGUUAUCCUUAUUUCAACAUGAUACCGAACGUUUGCAAUGAUAAAUUUCAUGCCUUUAAAUUAAGCAUUUUGUAAGAUUUUGAUUAUAUUUUGGCAGUGUAAAAAGCCUUAACUGUAGUAAAGUGAUGUUAAUUUAAACAUACUGUUUAGUUGUUAUUAAAGUAUUAUGUUUUUAAUGUUAGUGCUCGUAGUGGGUCACAAUUAGAAAAGGGAUAUACAGUACAUUAUUUAGGCAAUUCUCAGUAAAGCUACAUGGUCAAUAUAUUUUGCAAUUAAACAGACAGAAAUAUUAAAGAAUGUUUAUUUAGUGGUUGUUUGUUGUUGUCUAAUUGAUCCAAAAGCUUGAAUUAUGAACAUACACAAAAUGCAUAUGGAUUCUAACAUUGCACAACCAGAGGAAUUCCUAACAGUGAUUCUUUUAUCGUUCUUUUAAACCACGAUAUGGAGCAUUUAAUAUUGAAGUACUGACGAGUAAUAAUGAAGUACUGACGAGUAAUAAUGAAGUACUGACGAGUAAUAAUGAAUACUGACGAGUAAUACUGAAGUACUGACGAGUAAUAAUGAAGUACUGACGAGUAAUAAUGAAUACUGACGAGUAAUAAUGAAGUACUGACGAGUAAUAAUGAAGUACUGACGAGUAAUAAUGAAGUACUGACGAGUAAUAAUGAAGUACUGACGAGUAUUCUUAAGCAGCUUGAGCUGAAGAACUGGAUGAGAAAACCGAACAAGCAGGAUUUGCAUUUUGAACUUUGUUGCGUUUGUGAUGUGGGUCGUUUGAUAUUUUUGCAGAAGAAACUCGAACAUUGAUUAUUUUAUCUUGCUUCUUUUCUCUUGCUAUGACGUAUAUGUGAUGUGAAAGUUGUUUGCAAUUAAUAGCUGCAAGAAGCAUCGUGAACACAAUUGUGUAGUAUAAUUAGAUGUGUUGCUUUGUUCCAUAUAUAACAAACAUAUUAGCUCAGAAAUUAUUGACAUUCUAAUUCUCAUAUUUGAUUUUUGUGAAUUGUGAAUGUUAAAAUAAGAUUUUCAACCAUGCAAGUUUAACAUGCGCAUUACUGCUGAAUGUUAACUGUUAAGCUUGUUGAACUUAUAUGUACAUCAUUUGUUUAACCAUGACUUUUCCUAAUGAUUUCAUGAUUUAUUUCACGCAUGUUAUUCGUUUAUACUAUUUGCGUGUUUCCUCGUCAAAACUUUUGUUCAUCCCUGAAAGCUUUUUAAACCUCUGAUCCAGAUCGCACCAUUUGUUAAUUUUCAAGUAAACCCUUAUGUAACAAGCUUAAAUUGGGUUUGGCUUAAAGCCCCAUAGGCAUAAACACUCAAGAUCAACAAAUAUUUCGUAAACAUUUCGAAAAAUAAAGUUUACAAAUACAAAA